CACGACUUAACUUUCGUAUUUUCAAAUUCUGCUGUUCUAUUUAUUUAUUUUAAAAUAUAUAGUGGAUACUUCUAAAAUAUAGACAGAAUUUUCAAGACAACCCAGCUUCACGAAUAUCACAUUGUCUAUUUUUUUCUUUGACGUGUGUCAUCUCAACUUGGAUUUGUUGCAUUCAUGAAUAAUGCUGGUUCAUGCAGCACGCUGAAUUCUGUACUGACACCAAUUUGGCCAGUGUUAAUGCGCGUGUAUUGAACGCAUGUUCUGUGUUGGAAGUCCUGUAUGUCCUGUAAGUGGCCUACAGGUUCAGUGAAGGUGCUUUCAGUUAUAGAGGAGUUCGCAAAUAAUAAGUACCGGUGUUUUUUUUUUUACCGUUCAGAACUUGUAAUAUAUAUUGCAGAAAAAUUCUGAAAAGAUGUUCAUAAAACAAGUGAUAAUUGAAGGCUUUAAAAGUUACAAGGAGAGAACUGUACUGGAACCAUUUCAUCCUAACCUGAAUGUUAUAGUUGGUGGAAAUGGUUCUGGUAAAAGCAAUAUUCUGUAUGCAAUACAGUUUGUGCUGAGUGAUGAGUUCUCACAUUUGAAAAAAGAUGUACGGCAGAAUCUAUUGUUUUAUGGUUCAGCACCCCGUGUUGUUGUUGCUUCAGUAGAGAUCAUCUUUGACAACACAGACAAACAGUUGCCGAUUUCCUCAGAUGUAGUUUCCUUCUGUCGGAGAGUUGGACUUAAUCAUGAUCAAUUCUACAUCAACAAGAAGGUAACUUCAUGUAAGGAAAUGGUGGAUGUGUUAGUAUCAGCUGGAUUCUGUUCUUGUAAUACAUAUCACAUUGUAAAACAAGGAAAGGUAAACCAGUUGGCUACAGCGCCAGAUUCAUAUAGACUCAGUGUGUUGCUUGAGGUGGCAGGAACACAGGUGCAUGAAGAUGAAAUUCAAAAAACAAAAUCUGUUUUGGAAGAGAUCAAGCAAAAGCUGGAAAGAGCAAAGAAUUUGAUGCAAGCCUUGUCAAAGAGGCUUGAAGUAUUAGUUCAGGAGAAGAAAGAUCUAGAAGCAUUCACUAGUCUUGAUAAAUCACGCCGUGCCCUCGAAUAUUGCUUGUAUGAAUCUCAAUUGAAGGCUACAAUGGAGGAACUUGAGUCUAUGGAAGAAUUUUAUUCGCCUGGUUUGAAGAGCCAAAGAGAAUGCAGAGCUGUUCAGCAGAAGGUUCAGGAGGAAAUAAUGAAGUCCAGUAAAUUGCUAGAGGACGUUGAAAAGCGUUUGGGAGCACUGAGAGAUUGUCAGAGCAAGCUGAGAAUAGAAGAGCACGACAUGCAGAGUCAUAUUGAUGAAACCAAGCUGAAGAAAAACACACUGACUGACGAGCACGAAGCAGCCAGUGAACAGAAGGUGCGAACACAAGAUGAACUUAAAACUUUGGAAAAGAGGAUGGCCCAGAAUGAGAAAGAACUGCUGGAUCUCAAACCGAAGUAUAAAGAAUAUAAGAAGAAAGAAGAGGAGUGUACAAAAAUGCUCUCAGAGUUGGAAUGGAAGCGUAAUGAAAUAUAUGACAGGCUAGGUCGACAUGAGCAAUUUGACACUAAAGAAGAACGUGAUGCAUGGCUACAAAAUGAGCUAGAAUCUGUCUCUAAGGCACUGGAGGAAAUACAGAUUAAAGAACUCAGGAUGGUAGAGGAGUUACAGAAAGAUAGAGAACAAGAAAAUAAACUGAAGGAUGAAAUUGAGGGAUUGAAGAAAGUUGAAGGUGACCAUCAGAUUAAUAUUACCACACUGAAAGAGCAUUUAUUCUGUACAGAGAAGAAAAGGGUUAAGACUGAGACCAUAUUAAGUGAACUCUUCCAUAAAGAUGCUGACGCUGAACAGAAGCAUUCUUUUCUACAUGAAGAUUUAAUGAAAGCCAGGCAGACUUUGUGUUCAUUAACAGACAAGAAUCUUGUUGAUGGUUUGGAGGGGCUGCAGGAAGUAUUGAAGAAAUUACAAGGAACUGAUGAAAAUAUGGUCAGCUGUAUUAGUGGAUACUGUGGUACACUGCUGGACAACUUUGAAUGCAGUGACAGUCUGUUACCUGCGGUGGACGCAACCGCUGGCAGGAGGCUCUUCUACCACAUUGUGACCACUGAUGAAGUAUCUUCCAAGUUAACAAAGGAAUUUAACCGUAAUCAUUUGCGUGGAGAGAUAAAUUUCUUUCUUCUGAACCACCUUUCAGUUAAAGCUCAUCAUUACCCAGUCAACAAAGAUGCUUUGCCACUAAUACACAGACUGCAGUAUGCACAGGAAUAUGAUAAAGCAAUGCAGUAUGUGUUUGGCAGGACUCUUCUCUGCAGAAACAUGGAAGCUGCAUUUCAUUUUGCAGAAGAGAAUAAUUUGGACUGUGUUACCCUUGAUGGAGAUCAGGCCUUGCGAACAGGAUCGCUGUAUGGUGGCUAUCGUGAUAAAUCAAGGUCAACAAUAUUAGCAUAUAGAAAUUACACAUCACUGCAGAAAUUGUUAAAGGAAGCAGAAGAAGAAGUCCAAAAAAUAAAAGAUGACAUAAAAGAUCUUAGAGAUGAAAUGACAGAAUACUCCACUGAUAAACAGAAACUUGAGAGGAAGAUUGUAAAUGCCAAAAGCACCAUUGAACAUAUCAGGUCACAGAAGAUUCUGCUGACUAGUGACUUGGAUGGUCUGAAAGACAUGAGAGGAAAGAGAGAAAAGUUAUUGGAUCAGUAUCAGUCAAACCUAGAAUUGCUCAAGGCCCGUAAGAUUGUUCUCGAGAGUGAACUAAGUCACGAAAUGGUGGCACACUUGUCAGAAUCUGAGCAGAGGGAGAUGGACCACCUAAAUGAUGACAUAAGAAGACUUACGGAGGAAUGCAAAAAGUUGUUCAGUGAAAGAUUGCAGCUUCAGUAUGACAGAGUACAGUUACUGAAAACUACCUUCAUAAAACAACAUGAGCACUUGUCAGAGAUCCUUGAAAGCCUGAAUGAAGACAGCAUUUACAGAUCACUGGAAUUGACAGAUGUGGUCUUGGAGUCUGCAAUAAAAGGUUUGAAUGUAAUUCAGGAGAAGCUAAGAGAUACUGAGAAGGCAAUUGAGGAAGCCAAAGAAAAGCAGAAACUAAUCCAGGACAAUUUGAAGAGUCAGAAGGCAGAAGAAGCAAAUAUACAACAAGAAAUAGAUGACUAUGAUAAGGAAAUAAAGUUGUUUGCCGCCAAGAAAAAUACUCUUAUGACUAGAAUUGAAGAAUAUAAUGAAAACAUAUGUAAAUUAGGACCUUUACCUUUACAAGAGCAAACCAAAUGUAAGAAUAUGGGAACUAAACGUGUAAUAAAAUUGCUGACAGAUGUAAACCAGGACCUGAAAAAAUUCCGCAGAAUGAAUAUGCAAGCAGAUUUACAGUACACGGAAUUGAUCAGUAAGGAGAAAGAUGUCAAGUUAAAAAUGAAAAACUUGGAAGAAGGGUACAACCAUAUUUUAGAAUUACUAGAUGUGUUGGAAACACAGAAGAAUGAUGCAAUCCUGUUCACUUUCCGACAGUCCUCUGAGAACUUCAGUAAAAUAUUUAAGAAGCUAGUACCAACUGGUCAUGCCGAGUUAAUGAUGAAGUCCGCAGAAAAUGAGACUGUUCCUAUUGAAGAUGUUACUGAUGUCAGCACAAUUAAAGGAAUUGGAAUUUCAGUUUCCUUUGAUACUGAUGGCACACAAGUACAUGAACUUAAAGAGACAUCUGGAGGAGAAAAAUCUUUACUUGCAUUGGCACUAAUCUUUGCCCUGCAGAAGUGCUCUCCUGUCCCAUUCUGUGUGAUCGAUGAGGUGGACUCUAUGCUGGAUUCUGUGUAUAGACCUUCAUUGGCCCAGCUGAUAAAUGAACUUUCCAGAGAAACUCAGUUCAUUGUUACUUCACAUGGCCAUGAUAUCUUGGGUUAUGGGGAUCAGGUCUUUGGAGUCAGGAAUAUAAAUCAGAUAAGCCAUGUGACUGUAAUGACCAAACAAGAAGCCUUGGCAUUUGUGGCCUAAUGAGUCAGAUAAGUGAAAUUGUGUUUCACCAGUCAACAAAGUAUCAUGAAGAAACGUGAGAAUUAUACCAUGCCUUAUGUUCAUCCAUUUGGUGCAGCUUAUUAAACAUGGAAGUUGGAAGAUAAAGAAAUGUAAUUUUUAAUGUAGUAUUUUAUAAUGUAAGUUUUCACGGCGAUGACAAUGAAG